AUGGCAGAUAUCAAUGAGGUACUGGGGAAAUGGUACGAAGAAUUCCAACAGAUCCCUGCAGAGUGCCAUCUCCUCUGCCCACGAAUCAGCGACGAUGAUGACGAAAACUACAAGACUCUCGAUGAUCCCGACUCGAGGAUUUCGAUCGACGAGAAGCAAAUUCGGAUCGAACAGAGCAAGAAGCGGAUCGAGGUCACCUACUGGAACAGUUUGAUAUUCGGCUUCGACAAACAGGAAGCCGGCAAAUGGCUCGAAGAUUUCACAGGGAGGCUUGAGAACUGUCUCAAAUAUUGCCCCGAAUGUGUCCUCAACUGGCACAUGAAGCGCAAGCAUCAUCUACAAAUGUUUUCAGAGCGAUGGAACGAAGAAGCUGUUGCGCAGAUCCGUGAUUUGCUAGUCAACCUCGACGUCAACCGGAUCGACCACAAUCUGACCUGGGCGAAGCAAUUCAUAGAAAAGAUUGAAGAAUCUGGAGCCGUUUUCAAAAAAUCGCAAUUUGGCGAGCACCUCACCGAAGUCCAUAUCGCCGUUUACGAGGCGCUAUGUUGCGUGGCCUACUUGGCUAACGCAGAGCAACGGGCCGUCUUCCAAUAUGUCUUCAUGCGCCUGCAGGGAAAAACAUACCUCAAGCUCGGAACCAAGGACCCGCUACCAGGAAUGACCUACUUCUUGUUUGACCAGAAGAACGAAGACCGCCGAAGAUGGGCAGCAGAGAACUGGAAAAACAUUGACAGUGGCGGCAUGACGGAGGAGCAAUUCGACUGGGCCGUUAACGAUGGUCUCGUCAGUUCAAUAGACGACAUCAGCAAGAAGGAUCUUUCUCAGGCUACCAGCGAAAUUUAUCUCGAGAUUGAACGCUUCUGGCAAGGCUUCGAAGGGAGCUUCAACAUAUACGACUUGCUAUUUCGACAUAUCCAGUUUUGUCGGUCCGAAGGUGUCCUUGUGAUCACUAUCAAGGUUCUUUGCGGCUUGUUGAAGAAGUCACCAAAGGCUUUUUGGGACGUCGUCGGUGACGCGCGCCCAAAUGUGAUUGCCGAUUUACUAUUCGGCAGCCCCGUCUACAAGACUCUUCUGCGACAGUCUCUAGAAGAUUGCUGGUCUGUUGUUGACCUUGCGUCUCAGUUUACGCCGUUUCCCACUUCGUGGAUCCAGCCUUGGCUUCAGUCCCUCAGUCGCGACCGCAGAUAUGAUGCCUGCGAGGUGUUGAUGCACACUCUCUUCGAAACACUAGCAAAAGACUCGAGCAUUGGCGAACCUGGCCAAGCUGCCUGCGUUCGCGCUGGCUUUGAUGCACUGACCUUUACUAUGAAGUCGUUUCUCGAUCCAGAGACUCUCAUUACGUCGGGAAGUACACAUCUUUACGCUAGUGCUGCGUCGAGUCUUGUCGUCAAGCAUCUCAACCUGAUUCUGGCAAAUAUGAAGUCAUCCGGUCGAAAUGGAGAGAUUGAAGGCUGGACUACGUUCAAGGUUGCCGAAGCUGCCAAAGAAGUUAUGAGCUCUGCCAUGAAGCUGGACAUGAAACUGCUCUCUGAGGAAUAUCAAGCUAUCCAUGCCACCAAGCAGCUCCAAACAGCCAUCAUAAGGAACUCGAAAGCCUUCUGGGAAGGGGUAUUGGAGAUGUUUGAUACAUCAUCUGAGCAAGUUGCCGUCGCAAAGGAUAUUUUUGUCUCGUUAGCGCCCCUCAUUGCGGUGGAACAGAUCAGACCGCGAAAGAACGAUAACAAGCUCGACGACUCUGGCAAAACAUUCAACCAGGCGCUGGGCGACACAGCAGAUGUGCUUGCUAGAAUACUCGGCCGCAUCUCUGAGCUUGAUGUCACGGAUCUGAAUGAUUUAUAUGCUGAUCGGCUCCCCUUCCAAGUCACCACUGCCUUGUCCGUACACGAGAACUCAGAUCUCGCAGAGGCUUCUGCAGAAGUUUUGAAGAGCUGGACCGGGGAGCUUUCUCGAAGUGGCGCUCUGGAACAGAUGACGCAGCACCAUCCAGAUCAGACGCUUGCAUCCAUUGUCUGGUCCCUGGAACGCGUCCUUCGCCCCCCCUUUCCAUGGGGCCCGAUCAAACCUCUACUCAAUAUGAGUAGAGAUGUUCUCAGAGGCCUCGCAGACCCUUCUUCGGGAGUCCUUCGAGUCAGAACUCUCGACUCCAAAUCGGCCGCCACCGUCCUGCGCUGGUGGAACGAGCAGUGGCGCUUUGUCUCCAAGGCUUGCCUCAACAUCGAGACAUGGUCUUUUUACAUCCCGAAUGCCAUCAUGACGGAAUUCUGCCGAGAAAUUAUGGAGCUCGCCGAAGGUCUCAUCGCUGAAGAUGGCCUCCUCACUUCUGCGACGGCGCUUGGUCGGAGUGAGAAGGACAUGAUGAUCAGAAUCUUAGCCCCAGCAAAAGACAACUUUCGUGGAAUGGAAAACAUGAUUCGGCUCAAAGAUCGCUGGCUCGUCGAUGUUACAGUUCGUGUUCUUUGCAAAAUCCUUAAACGACUUCAAGAAAAUGGCCUCGAGAUCAACCCCAACUCUCGUAAACUCAUUACAGACGCUUGUCUGCCAACAGCCACUCCUGGAAAAUACGUACGAUCCACAAACUUGACCGACCAACAACGUGCAGAACUUCUCCAAGCGCUUGGACAAACCGAUGAAGAAGUGCAGAUCUACCAACAAGCAACAAGUGCACAGCAACGCCAAGAACAGGCACUCAAGGACAAGUCUAAGAAACAGAGUAAACUUGAUGCCUGGUCAAAAUCAGCGCCUGCAACUGCCUCAUCUUCAGCUACAACUACAUCUAAGCUUGGACGUUCUACCCGAGACGAUGUGUUGGAUUUCAGCAGAUCAGUCGAAAACCCACUGCUCAAGCAAAUCGAGGCCCGUCAGGCUAGAGCAAAGGCUGCUAAAAUACCUGAUCAAAAGGCAAUAUCUGCACUGAAGGAAAGUAGGCAGAGAGAAAAGCUCGAAAAGGCGAAGCGAGAUGCCGAGGCGAUUGCGCGGGCCCGGGCGCUUCGCGGGGAGUUUGUCAAAGGCGAAGGCUCUGGCAUUGCUGGCCUUGGCCUUAUCGGCAAGGAUCAUUCGAGAAGUGAUAUCAUGGUCAACAGUUCUGACGAAGAAUCCGAGGCCGAUAGCGACGACUCGGAUGCCGACAAUCAGCUUGCUGCGUUGAGCACGGGAGGCGCGAAAUCCCUAACCGACGCUGAGAAGCGGCGCCGACAGGCCCUGCAAGAUAAGUUGCGACAGCCAGUUAAGAAGACCAGACAGCAGCGCUCCGUCAAGGAGAUGAGAGCCCGGCUUAUCCCUCCAAUGGAUCGACUUCACAAUACCAUUCUCGCCUGGGACAUAUUCCACGGUGGCAACGACCCUCCAAACGGCCCCAAGGCCUCCGAGGUUGCUACCAAGUAUGUUGACCCAAGAUCAUAUCAAGAGACCUUCUUCCCGUUGCUUGCAUCGGAGGCCUGGCGCUCCUUUGUCACGUCAAAGGACGAAAUAACCGCCCAGUCGUUUGGCAUGAAGAUUGCCAGCCGCGCAAGCGUCGACAGCUACCUGGAAGUGACGUUUACAAUGCCCGUAGCCCCGCAGCGGGAUCGUGGUGUCUUUGAGGGCGAUAUUCUGCUUGUAUCUGAGGCGGAGAAUCCCCUGGUGGAUGAAACUGCAAAGCAUUGCCUGGCCCGAGUCCAUCGUAUCACUUAUAAAAAAGACACCGUCGAGGUGACGUAUCGCGUAGCUUCUCGUAGUAAUCCUCUCUCGCCCCUCCUGACCCCUGGCGCUACCGUAUAUGGUGUAAAAAUCACCAACAUGGCGACCAUAGAGAGAGAGUAUGCCGCCCUGGAGAGUCUGCAGUAUUAUGAUCUUAUGGACGAGAUCUUGAAGGCAGAGCCAUCACCAAUUCUGCGCUACGGAGAAGAACGCGUAUCGAAUUACAUGGGUAAUUGGGCUUUGAACCGAGGUCAAGCCCUCGCUGUACUUGGUGCACAAGAGAAUGAUGGUUUCACCUUGAUCCAAGGCCCCCCCGGUACAGGAAAGACCAAGACCAUCGUCGCAAUGGUCGGAGUUCCUCUCGGGGUUCCAAUGAGGCCUACUGGUACCCCUGCAGGCAACCAGGCCCGGCCGAAGAAGCUCCUCGUUUGCGCGCCCAGUAACGCCGCUGUAGAUGAAUUGGUGCUCCGAUUGAAGAGUGGCAUCAAGACAGUGAAUGGCAAAACGCGAAACAUCAAUGUCCUUCGUCUAGGCAGAAGCGAAGCUAUUAACGCCGCAGUCAAAGACGUUACCCUAGAUGAACUGGUGAAAGCCCGUCUUGAAGGGGAUACAACCAAGGACAAGGCAAAGGCGGACAGAGACAAGCUGCACGAAGAAGCCGCCGAGCUGAAGGAGCAGAUAGCGCAGCUCCGGCCGAGAUUGGACGAGUCUCGUACCCAAGAUGACCGAUCGUUGUACAACUCUCUGUCAAGGCAGUUUGAUGAGCUGAAGCGAAAGCAAAUGCAAAUCGGAAAACAAAUCGAUGCCAAUAAAGACAGCGGCAACUCGAUAGCCCGCGAGAUGGAACUACGUCGUCGGCAGAUUCAGCAGGAGAUUCUCAAUUCUGCUCACGUUUUGUGCGCGACUCUCAGCGGAAGUGGACACGAAAUGUUUCGAAACUUGGAUGUAGAAUUCGAGACAGUCAUCAUCGAUGAGGCGGCUCAGUGCGUGGAGCUGAGCGCCUUGAUUCCAUUGAAAUACGGAUGCUGCAAGUGUAUUCUGGUCGGAGAUCCCAAGCAAUUGCCUCCUACAGUCCUGUCGCAGUCCGCGGCGCGGUUUGGCUACGAUCAGAGCUUGUUUGUCCGAAUGCAGCAAAACCACCCAAAGUCGAUUCACCUGCUUGAUAUGCAGUACCGAAUGCACCCCGAGAUUAGCUCAUUCCCCAGCAGGGAGUUCUACGAAUCCCAACUACAAGACGGCCAAGAUAUGCUGCAGCUUCGCCAGGCACCAUGGCAUAAAGAUGCCCUCUUUGCUCCCUACCGGUUUUUCGAUGUCGAGGGUGUUCAAGAAAAAGGUAGAAAGGGCCAAUCUCUUGUCAAUACAAGAGAGCUUGAAGUGGCGCUACAAAUGUACGAAAGGUUCAGCAGGGACUACCAUGAGUGUGACUUGACGCGAAAGAUCGGCAUCAUUACGCCUUACAAGGCGCAGCUAUACGAGUUGCGGUCUCGAUUCCAGGCCCGGUAUGGUGAAAAUAUCACCAAUAUCAUCGAGUUCAACACAACGGAUGCUUUCCAGGGACGAGAGUGCGAGAUUAUCAUUUUCUCUUGUGUCCGAGCUAGUUCCACUGGCGGUAUUGGUUUCAUGACGGAUAUUCGCCGUAUGAACGUUGGUCUGACGCGAGCAAAGUCGUCGUUGUGGAUUCUGGGUGACUCGCGAGCUCUUGUUCAGGGAGAAUUCUGGCGCAAAUUGAUCGUCGACGCCCAAGACCGAGACCGGUAUACAAAGGGUGACAUUCUCUCCAUGUUCCGACGCCCACUUGAGAAAGCGAGGCUUGACGCAUAUACGCCAUCAUCUGGUCGAAGCUCGGGGAUUUCAACACCGACAAACCCUCCACAGCAACCCCCUCAGCAGAUGGAUGUUGUCAUGAGGGAGACGGCCAGUAAGGAGCCUACUGGUACACCGGCUGGCGCUACUAAUAACGGAAAUCCGGGUCCAGCAACAUCGUCUGGGUUAGAUGCCGUCACGCCGCGCUCCAAUGGACCUCCGGUUAUCCACACAUCAGGCGGUAUGGAAGCGAAAAAGCGACCAUUGGACUCUCCCGAGGCCGGCCAGACAGUAACAAAGAGGAUUGCGAAUGAUAAUUCGCGGCCGAGCGGUGGUCUCAUGGGUAAAUUUGGCCAGAGACCCAGACCCAUUAGAGCCCCAACGGAUCCUUCUGCGAUGUCAUUACUUGGGAUGGUGCCCCCAGAACGGCCUCCGCCGGUUAUCAACUCUGAUCCUCCGGCAAUGCCAAGGCCGGCGCCGCCAACCGGUCCUGCAACAGCGAAUAGCAGUGCGAAUCCACAAAUACCGCAGGGUCCACGGAAGAAGAAGAAACCAAACCCAUUUCUCCCUAAAAAGAGAUGA